GAUGCGACGGGACUAUUUGGACAAUUCGAGGCAGAAGGGAGGCUGGGCGCGAUUGGUCGCGAUGCUGAUCUUCUCCUCGGUCGCGUCAUUGGCCCUCGCUUAUCGCUUGCCAAAUUCCUUUUCUGGUGAGCAAAACCUGGGUGACACGAACGCCGAACAACGCCAACAGCAAUUGAAAGGGCAUUAUGCCUACCCUUCUCAGUUUUCUUUCGGUAUCACUGCCUGUGAUUCUGGCCGCUCUGAUAUAUCAGAUCGGCCUCCCCGCUUUCAUCAGCGAGCACGUACCAUCCACACUAUUUCCGAAUUUGUUCGUACCCACACACUGCUACAAGAACGUCAGGACAUUAUCGUCGAAGCUUCCACAGGCAGAAUGCUUCACCAUCCAUGACGGCAAAUUCUCGAGCGUCUUUGUAGAUUAUGCAUCCGAUGAUACAGUCAAAGAAGCACGUACUGGAUACGUAUAUCCCGGUCUGUGGGAUGGACACGGUCACUUGAUACAGUUUGGAGAGUCUCUAGAUUCCGUGAGCCUCUUUGGUGCCGAAUCUAUGGAUGAGGUGCAGAAAAGGCUGGUAGAGUACAGGGCAGCCCGUCCGGAAAAAGGAUCUAGUGAACAAUGGCUGAGAGGCGUUGGUUGGGAUCAAGCUCAUUUUGAGGGGAAGUGGCCUACCGCAGCAGAUCUAGAGCUAGAUGACAGCUUCAAGAAUCUUUACGUCAUGCUGGAUCGGGUUGACGUACAUUGCAUUUGGGUAUCCGAGAAGGUGCUCGAUCUUCUCCCAUCAUUCAAUGUACCUCCCGGAGGCGAUGUCCCAGCAAAGGGUGUCUUCUGCGACAAUGCCAUGGAUAUCGUCCUGGAGCAUUACCCGAAGCCUGACAAGGCGCGCAAAACCGAGUUCAUCAAAGCUGCGAUGUCUGACUUAAACAAGUAUGGCAUUGUCGGAAUGCACGACGCCGGCGUAGUACCAGGAGACUUGGAGCUCUAUGAAGAGCUUGCGAACCAUCCGGACUGGACUGUCAGAGUCAAUGCCAUGAUCGAAUGCGAUGUGCGCAACACGUUUUGUCCUGAAGCUGUGAAGAAGGUUUCGACGUCAAAUGGAAAAUUCCAUGUGAGGAGCGUCAAGCUUUUCGGAGAUGGAGCUUUGGGUUCCUGGGGCUCAGCUAUGAUCGAGCCAUACAGCGACUUGCCGGAGUCCUCCGGCUCGCUCCUUGUCAACGCAACUACACUGUCACGUGUGACGCAUGACUGGGCCGUCAACGCAGGAUAUCAAGUAAACAUCCAUGCGAUAGGGGAUCUUGCUAACAGGCUUGCGAUUGACGCGUUUGAGGCAGCCUUGAAAAGCUUGUGCCCCCACGCUGACCCCCGCGACUGUCAAGCUAAACAUCGUUUCCGUAUCGAACACGCCCAGAUUAUCCAUCCAGAUGACCAGCGUCGAAUGUUAGACCUUGGCAUCAUUGCGUCGAUACAACCCACGCACGCGACCUCGGAUAUGGGGUAUGCGGAGAGUAGACUUGGUCAACAACGAACAAAAGAUGAGGCUUACAGAAUGCGGUCAUUGUUACCAGUUCGUCCAGUCCUUGGAAGUGACUUUCCAGUGGAGCCCGCGAGUAUUUUCGAAGGAAUGUAUGCAGCGAUCACACGACGGAGUCCACAUACAGGCCUAGAUCCGAAUGGUGGCAAGACCGGCUGGUACCCUGAGGAACGCCUCACUUUCGAGCAAGCUCUAGAGGGAUUUACAGUAAAUGCUGCAUACGGUGCGUUUCUAGAAGGCAAAGCUGGUGUCAUCGAGGCAGGGGCGUAUGCGGACUGGAUAGUGCUUGAUGAACAGUUGGAAUCCUUGGACCCGGAGUCUUUGAGGAAGAUGACAGUGAGAGAGACGUGGGUGGGGGGCAAACGAGUCUAUUGACGGCUCAGUCAUGAAAGGCUUCCUCGGUUAAGAUUUUAAGUGGUGAGGCGUCUCUCGAUGGCCUAUUACCUCCACGCCUGACAUCAGCCCGGCAAGCCAUCGACAUGAUACACGCGACUGAGCGGCUAGAGCGGCCGUCAAUCAAACUUCGAACUCUUCGAACUCUUCGAACAUUCGAAUGGGAAGCUGCGGGCGAAAGAGAGGACUUUGAUCUGCACACUGCCAUUAGGGCCUGAAGAUGCGGGUCAUAAUGCGUGCCUGCUUCCGGAGUAAGGUCUAUAGGUCUUCUUUCAACAUUUUAUGCCCAACAAGUAUCCAACCCCAC